AUGGCCGACCACGCCACUGACAAAGCUGAACCUCUCGAGGCCCCUGCAAGUGGCACCAACCACAAUCAGGCCAGCAUAGAACCUCCUGUAUCUCACACCGGGACUCCAGAACAUCAGGCUGCAGCACCCAAAGAAGAUACGGGCACCUCGAUCAACCGUGCGGGAAGCGCCAAAAAGCAAACUCGAACUCCUGCGGUGUUCAGUGCCGUCACUGAGGACAACAUUAGGGAGAUGAUGAAUAACGCUCGUAAAGUGCUUCAAGAAAACGGAAACUCGACCAAGGCAGGAAGUGAUUUCGCAGGCAUGGCAUUGCUUGCCACGAAUCUCGUGCAACUGAUGAACGCCUCUUUCAUUGCCACUGACACCAUUGUUCGCGCCGUUGCCUACAUGAGAGGUGACAGUCAGCUUUCUGCUCGGAGUGCCAUCUUUCAAGCUAGGCGAGACCGUCGUGCGCAGAAGGAAGCCGAGCAACCGCUCAGUGAAGUGAAGAACAGAUCAUUGACCAAUGCUACUCCAGGUGUUGUUAGAGCAGGGCGAGAUUCCACCUUGUCACAUGCAAAUUCAACCUCCAACAAUACGAAAGUCAGUACUGAUCUCGGCCCAACCCAGGGAAACACUGCACCGGUCAGUGAGGAUCAGCAGCAGAAACCACAGUCGCUUCAGACCAACCCUAUUAAGAAGAAGAAUCGGCGUAACUGGAACAACCGACGCUCUAUGCGGAAGCUAAAGAAUAGUGUUCACCCGGAGGUGCAAGAGAACAAGAUGAGUGUGACGGCUAGUACAGUCAAUGAGGUGAAAGAAUCAAAGGAGGCUGUGGAUAAGAAGGCAGCAACGGGCGAGCACAAGCCUGAGACAUCCGGAUCAGAGACUGCUGUUGAGCGUGACGGUGCGGUUGUACCUGUCAAGGCAUAA